UACACCAAUAACUGAAACAAUUGCUGGCCCCCGGUUAAUCUCCCCACAUUUUUGCUUCCGGAGUUCAUUCAACGCUCGUCAUUACAAGGAAUCUGGUCAAAUGGUGUUUGCAACUAUAGAUCACGAACAAUGAGCCCCCUAUGGGAUGUCGUGGAGCCAUACUUGAAAGGGGCAGGUCUAUACCAGCCUACAGACCUCACUUACGGAAGGUGGAACAUCGGACACCACCCUCCCGUGAAGGACUUGCUCAAUGAUCCAAAGCUCAAGCACUCCUACCGCCGAGUCUUCAUCGCCGACGAGGUUCCAGUCAGAGCUUUGGACUCUGAGAUAGUCGAUCUAGGGCCAGAGACGCUCAGAUCGUCCGAAAAUUGGCUAUCGUACAGCAUUUGGGAGAUGCCUGAACCUGAUCAGGACGGGUGGGAGGAAGAAGGGAGGGGUCGCGGAAAAGACCUGGUCCUCAUACAUGGCCUCAGCGACUAUGGACUACGUUACGCUCCGCAUAUUAGACACUUCCUUCGAGCUGGCUUUCGUGUUGUCAUUCCAGAUUUGCCGUCUUACGGACGAUCCACUGGUGUACACUCAUAUAUCCCUGCUCCCCGUAUUCUUUCCUCCGCUUUGCAUUGCGUACUCACGGACCUGGUGAGACACGACAUUACUGAAGGUCUUGAGCAAAGGAAGGUCUUCCUGAGUGGAAGCUCCCUUGGAGGAUGGACAGUGCUAUAUUAUCUGUCGCAAUAUCCGCCCACUACGUCGACUGCGAAGGCAGCGAGCAAUGACGAGACCCGAAUACAGAUAGCAGGCGCUUACGUUCUAUGCCCCAUGGUAUCAGUAUCCGCCGAGUCGCGACCGUGGAAAGUUACGGAGUACAUCGGGCGCUGUCUUCGUUACGUUGCUGGUCCGCUGCCGCUGGCGAAGUCGCUGCGAGGCAAGGUAUCUGAUGAUCCGCGUGUGGAAGAAGACUUUUUCGCGGACCCACUCUGCUAUCAUGGCUAUGUCCGUGUGGCCACGGCGUUCAUGUUGCUAGAUGCGAUGGCUGAAUUGGACGCUUCAGCUGAGAAGAUCAACGCCCCUAUUCGACUCGUUCAUGGAUCCUCCGAUCGUGUCACAUCUCCGUCCGGUACUUUGCGACUAUUUGAGAGGCUGCCUCAUCAGGACAAACAGGUAGAGAUCUUUGAGGGUUACGAACACAUCAUGCUCAAGGUGGGAAUUGAUGAGCAGGACGAUGCCAAGCGACAACGAGUCCUGAAUGACUGGCGUCGCUGGCUCAUCGAUAGAUGUUGAGAAGUAAUGCAUGUAUAAGUGCCACAC